CAGCAACACCACCGCCACGCAGACCUCCUAAGAGUAUCCCCAAAGAAUUCAAAGAACUUCCUCCAGAACCAAGUCACGCACAUAGUUUCUUGAGACCUUACAACAUUCUGCACUCUAUAAACGAGCCAUCAAUAACACAACCUGAAAACAACAUUGGGUUACCAAAGGGCAAGCAAAAUGAGGCAAUCACACAAAAAAAUGGUACUGCGUUCCGAAGGUCACGUGACAUUCUUCUCCCAGUGAGCAAGCAACAAUCGAUGCUGUUUAGACCCAUUUCCAAAAGCCAGCCACCAGAAAGCUCUCUACAUCAAACGUCACAGAUACCAGAAAUGAUAUUCCAAGAUCUGUUCACAAGACCAAAACCUCAGGCUAGUCCUGAUCUACAAAAACCCAAACUAUUAUCCAGUCCUGCUGCAAAGGAUUUAGAAGGACAGAUAUGGUACUUUGGUGCCUGUGACCGUUAUAAAAUAGAGGAGGCUUUAAGAUUACACAAUAAGAAUGGCACUUUCCUGGUGAGAGAUAGUUCGAAAGGAUACCCUGAUAAGCCAUACGUGUUGGUGGUAUAUUACAGAUUUAAAGUUUACAGCAUUCAGAUACGAUAUCUAGAGGACACUAAUCAGUAUGCUUUGGGCAGUGGGCUCAGAGGACAUGACAUAUUUGAUUCAGUGCCUGAAAUUAUAAACAUCCAUAAAAAUAUUCCUUUGCGACUAAUUGAUCGAAGAGACCAAUCAGGAAGCCAAAUGGAACAAUGUACUCUGACUUUUCCAUUGAUACUGCAUUAACAUAUUGAUAGCAUCAUAUGUUAAUGAUUUUUAUCCUUUAUUAUUAUCAUUGUAUACCUAAAACUGCACUAAUUUAUUUCAAUGUAAAUAUUUCUAUGUACAUACUUCAGUACAUGUUCCUACUGUACUUUUCUAACAACCUUCAGAUAACUUGUUCACAAAAGCAGUUCACUGUCAUUUAAGAUAAUAAUACAGGAAAAUAUAUGUUAAAAGAAAGGGCGAUAUGCUAUUAUAUUUCUUGGAAAAUGUAGAACUAUAGCUUUUAACUAUAUCACUAAUACUAUUUUAACUUGUAACAAAUGAAGAUUGUCACCUUUUUUUGUAUAGUUGUACAUUUAUCACUUUCGUAGGCAAAAGAAAAAUACAGAAAUUC